UUUUCCCAAUUAUUUUUGAGAAAAUGGUGAAUACAAAAUAUAGCAAUAAGAUUUGGGAAUUGUGGUCACUUUCCUAUCUAACCAUUUUCAUAGUUGAACCAAUUCUCCUCCUUUCAAAGUGAAAAGCCAUGAAUUUGGCUUCCAUAAUACAUAACAACACUACUCAAUCCCCUCCAAAGUUCAUCUCCACCUCCCACAAGAUAUCCCCAAUCACAUCCCCAACAUGGGUCCACUUUCAAUUAGCUCCUCUUCGCUUUCCACCACCCAUUUUAGUUGGGUGUAAUUGUAGACGAAGAAGAUAUAAUGCGGUUGUUUCCUGCUUAAGAAAAUCUGAACAAGGGGAAGAAUUGUCUAAUGCUGAGUCGACUUCAUCAUCACAGAAAAAUAAUGGCACUAACGAUAUUAAGAUGUCUCGUAAUACAUUUGCUGUUGAUGAAGCAGAAGAAAGAACUCAACCUUCUGGAAAUUAUGUGUCUUCUGUCAGGACGGUUGCCUUGUGUGUGUUUUCAGCAGUGGCAUUUGGUGUUGGCGUGGGGUUCACGGAUGGAGUUAGCAAGACAUCUGAAUUUUUCGCUGGGUAUCUGCUGGAGCAGAGUUUGUCAGUGGAUAAUUUAUUUGUAUUCGUGCUGAUAUUCAAAUAUUUCAAAGUACCACUUAUGUAUCAGAACCGGGUGCUCUCGUAUGGAAUUGCUGGUGCCAUAAUCUUCAGAUUGUCUAUCAUACUACUAGGAACAGCAACCCUGCAGAGAUUUGAGGCAGUUAACUUACUGUUGGCCGGGAUUCUUCUGUACUCGUCAUUCAAGCUGUUCACUGGAGAAGAAGAAGAUGCUGAUCUAUCUGACAAUUUCAUUGUGAAGACCUGCCAGAAAUUCAUUCCCAUCACAUCUGAAUAUGAUGGUGACCGCUUCAUAACUUUGCAGGAUGGUGUAUGGAAAGCUACACCUUUACUUCUGACAGUAGCGGUUAUUGAACUCAGUGAUAUUGCAUUCGCAGUUGAUUCUAUACCAGCAGUUUUUGGUGUCACGAGAGAUCCUUUCAUAGUUUUCACAUCCAAUAUCUUUGCAAUUUUGGGAUUGAGGUCAUUGUACACACUCAUUUCUGAAAGUAUGGGGGAGUUGGAAUAUCUUCAGUCUUCCAUUGGCGUUGUCCUGGGAUUCAUUGGAUUUAAAAUGAUCCUAGACUUUUUCGGAUACCAUGUUUCCACAGAGGUCUCUCUUGGUGUUGUAGCGACAUGUCUAAGUGCUGGAGUCUUGCUUAGUCUUGCAAAGAACUCUGAUCAAUGAGUUGGGGUGCUCUCGAGAUCAUGUUCUUUAGGAGGAUAGAGGAUAUCUAUGGUGUUCCUUUUUUCUUCUCUUCGUCGUUGCCUUGAACUUGCUCUGCCAAAUGUACUUUAUUCAAUUGAUAUGACAGUGACAAAAUUAUCAAUCUUUAACAUGUUUCUUCUUGUAAUGAUUUGAUUUCUUAAUGCAACACAGGUUGGGAUGAAUUAUUACAA